CCAUCCUAUCUUUGCUCAGGAGGCGUACAUCUUUCACCAUGACAACUUUAUGGGAUGACCUGGAGAGCAUUGUUGAUGAACCGUCCUCUUUCACAAUAAAGGGUGGAGAGAAAGGUAGCAUCAAGCCAAAAGCAGACUUCAAUCCUGGUGAAGAUGUUGUAGCCCUACGCAAAGCCAUCGAAGGAAUAGGUACAACAGAGAAGACCUUGAUUGACAUACUAACCCAUCGAAGCAGUAGUCAGCGCGAGGCAAUUUGUAAAGCAUAUCUUUCAGCUACAAACAGGACUCUGGUGGAUGAUCUGAAAGGUGACACCCAUGGUAACUUUGAGCGGCUGCUUGUAGCCCUUGUUACCCCACCAGCUGCAUACGAUGCUCAGGAAGUGGCACGAGCAAUGAAAGGUGCUGGAACAGAUAACAACGCCAUUAUAGAAAUAUUUGCCUCCAGAACAAAUCAACAAAUCAAGGAGCUGGCUGCAGCUUACUUGGAAGAGACGGAGAGAAAAAUUACAUUUGACCUCAAGAAGGAGGUCUCUGGACAAUUUGGCAAUGCCAUCCUUCUCCUAGCUGAGGGUGGACGGGAUGAGAGCGCUACUGUGGAUAGUGCCCAGGCUAAAGAGGAUGCCAAGGCUCUGUAUGAUGCUGGCGAGAAGAAAUGGGGGACUGAUGAAGACAAAUUUAUAGACAUCCUGUGCAAAAGAAGCAUAACUCAACUACGGCAAACUCUUGUAGUGUAUAAGGAAAUCAGUGGAAAGACCCUUCAGGAGAGCAUAGAAGGGGAGAUGUCUGGUAAUCUUGAGGAGCUGUUGGUGGCCAUCGUGAAAUGUGUGAAGAAUGUCCCUGCCUACCUGGCUGAACGGCUACAUAAGAGCAUGAAGGGGGCUGGCACGGAUGAAGCUACACUGAACAGGAUCAUGGUCAGUCGCUCUGAAGUCGACAUGCUAGACAUCAGAGCUCAGUUCAAAAAGCUCUAUGAGGAUUCCCUUCACUCUUCUAUUGAGUCGGAUGUGUCAGACAGCUACGGAGAAUGUUUGAAGAUGAUUUGUGGAGGGGAAGACUGACAAAACUAACAGUCAAAGAGCAAAUCAGAGACCCAUGGUAACUAUAGGAAAACGCUGCUGAAGGUCUGUGGAGGAGAGGACAUUUAGGAAGAGACACAAUUUUUUUGACAGCUGCUUUGCUUUCCACUUCAAUGUUGGAAGUGGUAGUCUAUCUGCAUCAUUGCAAUCUUGUGUAUGAUUGCUAUGCUACAUACAAGCUUAAAUUUAAAACAGCAUGUAAACAUCAACAAAGGCUGGCCUGUGUCUUCAGAAAUUCAGUUUUGGCUAUUUAUUAAAGAUGUAAAG